AUGCGUAGUUGGACAACAAUUAUUGCGUUAGCGGUAAUAUUCGCAUUUGCCAUAGAAUUUCGACCAUUGGAUCAUUUUAUGACUAGCUAUUUCAUCGACCAAGGAGUAAACACUACAGAUACCCAGGCGACAGAUGAGUUGAUGCGUUUUGGAGACUAUUUCAGCAUAUUGGCUGUUACGGUGAUUAUGACGAUCACAGAUAAUUUACUUUACAAACCAGUUAUCUUUUUUAAUGUCUUCUGUGGAAUUAUCGUUUAUUCAAAUCUUGUUAUGUUGCCUAAUUUCAUCCAAUUAAAAAUGGCCGAACUAUGUGUGGCGUUCUUCAAAUCGUACGAAGUAGUCUACUUCAGUUAUUUAUUCGCUAGGGUGCAGGACAAGAGAUAUUAUCAGGCAACAUCGGGACUAGCCAGAGCCGCCAUGUUGAUGGGCAAAUGUUGUUCGUUGGUAUUCGCCCAGACGUUAGUGGUUAUUAACGGAAAGGGUUACGUUAAAGAAUUACCGUGUUACACUUUGGGCAGUGUGGUUUUCGCAUUUGUCUGGGCGUCGUUUAUGCCAUCGGUAAGACGGAAAAGUUACAAUAAAGAUGAUACUAUUGCAGAAUUUAUGUUGCAUAAUAACAAUGAACCACUUAAUUUAAAGAGUAGACCCCUUCAAUCUCAGUCAUCUGCAGCCGAGCCUAUGUUAAGACGAAUGCGGAGAGACUUUAACGAAUCUUAUAAAAACUUAAUUGUUCUGAAAUGGUCUAUUUGGUACUGUUUGGCUUUAGUCGGCUAUAUGACGAUAAAAAUAACAUGUGUAACUCACAAAUUAGGCGAAAAUGAGCAAGCUGACGGUGUUGUUGAGUCCUUGACCGUAUUCAUAGGGGCUAUCGGCUCGUACAAAAUCGGCGUGAAACGUGUGAAUUGGGAAUUAAAUGGUAAUGCAUUCAUAGGAUCUGGGUCUUUGAUCCUUGGCGUAUGCGUGUUGUCUUGUUACUUUCAUCAACAUAUGUUAUCGAUCCAACUGUCGUACAUAUUAUUCGGAGCACUGAUCCAAGCAAUGUUUGUAACGGCGUUGUCUGAAGUCGCAAAACAGCUGAAAAAUAAUUGUUAUGCACUUGUAUUGGGUUUCAAUUCGUUCAUCUCACUGGUAUUGCUUCUGUGUUAUAAAGAGAUCUUUAUCCGUGGCAAUUUAUUUAAGAUUGAUAUUCCCGAACAGGUUUUAUUCUACGGUGGCUUAUACAUUCUUCUCGGGAUUGUUUAUUUGAUACCUUCUGCGAUAUCAUUCAAUAGAAAAUUGAAUAAUAGUUGUCCGGUCUACGAUGUAACUGAAUAGCAUCUCAACGACGCGUCUCAAAUCAUUAGCACUACACAUUAAUAAAUUAAAAUCGAUUUAUAUUUACAUUUGAACCAUUUAUUCCGAUCUCAGCUAAUAGUCACUAGUCAGUCACCAAUGACCAAUAUCAAGAGUUUUUUUUAAGAAGCAUAAUUUUAUAAUUCUACGUGAAAUACUGAAAUUCAGAAUUAAUUAAGUGUGUUCACAUAGUUGAUACAAGCAUUUUUCAAAAUCAAACAUCACGGCACCAGGAAAAAAUAAUUCGAAUGCCAACACAGCGUCCGAACUCUGAUCAUUGACAAUACUAGGUACUGUAUUUUCUACGAGUGGAAAUAAUUCGAAACUUGGCAAACAGAGCAUAUUAUACCUAGGUACGCAAUCAUCAGCGUAGGAAUGGUCGCAUUGCAUCAAGAGUGUUGUACCUGUACGCGCACACACCGCAGCCUGCAGACGGGCAAAUGUCAAAAACAGACUCGACUGUUUCGCGGUAAUUGUAAUUGUUCUACACGGGCGCACGUUUAUUUCAUUUUUUUAACCUAAUCCUAAAUAAUAUAAUAACACGGGUAGGUAGGUUUCGAAUGGAGAAGAAACAACAAUGGAACCAUGCAGACCGUGAAUAACUGACUGUCAAAACAAUUUAGCGCCUCCACAGCUCCAUGCAAAUAUGAACAAUACACGUACUUAGUGAGAUCAAUAUUUUCACGAACUGGAUGAACCGGAUAGAUGGUGAAUUUUAAUGAAAUUACAUAAUAAUAAUAUGGAAGUUGGACGAUUUCGUCCACAGACGACAACAAUUUGUACACUUUACGUAAUUAUUAUACGUCUGUCUUGGAUAAAUUAUCGUAAGUUAUUUAAACCAUAUGUUUGUCCAUAUUUUUUUUAAACAAAAAUAUAACAAUAUUGGUCAAAUUUAUAUUUUAUAUUUUAUUAUUGUGGUACUAUUCAUAUAUGAGAGCCCAGAGAGAGCGACUGUCAGACUGAUAAUAAUAAAUUCGUUUUAAUAGAUUUUAA